AGUUUCAUAACUCUUGAUACUAAAUUUAGCUUCAUUAUCUAAUUUAUUAAUUCUCAAUUGCAGUUUCUUUUGAAAAUCUUUUAGAAACAAAUCUGAUUCUUCUAAAGAUUCUCGAUUUUGUUUGGAUUUACGUGUUUGUUUCGUACGUGGCAUGCUUCCUAAUUCGUAAAAUAUUGAGGGGAAAAAAAAGCAAAAAAAAAAAAAAAACGAAACAAAACGAUUGUAUUCACUAUAUGAUAAAUAAUAACUUAAAUUAAUCUAAUAGACUUUCUUCACUUUCUCAUAUAAUCAAGACUAAUCCAAUUUUUAAAUUCUGUUUACUGUUAUGGACAGUUUCAAUCCAUUAAAUAACAACACACAAGAAAGCCUUAUUAUUACGUUUAUAAACGGUGUUGCCCUCUAAUGCGAACAAAUUCAACUAAAUGCGAAAGUAUUCAUAACGGUUCUUUUAGAAUACAGAUUUACGAAACCAUUAUAAAUUGUACAAUUUUAUUAUCGACCUUGAAAAACUAUAAAUAUCGAUUAAUUAUUCUCUUAAAAAUAUCUAUACAGCUUGAAAUUUGAACUCCGUUAAUACGAAGUACUUAUUAAAAUGUACAUAUUGAUUAGAUAAUUUCAUGUGUAUAAAAUAUGUUAAAAUAUGUUAGUUAGAUCGAUUAUCGUUUCUUUACAUUAACCUUUCUUUACAAACAAUUGUUUCGUUAUAAACAAUUUCAUAUUUCAAAGUUUGUUCUAUAAAUCAUUACCUUUGUUGUUGUUGUUGUUGUUGUUGUUGUUGUUGCUGUUACAUAAUGAAUACUAAUAAUGCAAACGUCAAUUUUACUUCUGAUUAUAAACGAAACGAACGAGAGGAAAUGUUAAUAGCACCACCAUUAGAUUAUUCAUUCAAAAAAGCGACCGAUAUGAAUCAGCUAGUUAAUCAACAACCUCAGACGAUACGAACGGUUAAAGCACCAAUGCGAACGUCCAAAGAUCGUUUUGCAACAAGUACGAUAUGGUUGAGUAAUAAUUUAUUAACAUCCAUGGAAGGACUUGAAAAUCUAUGCAAAACAGUUCUAGAAGAUCCAACUUUUUUAAGUUGGUUAGAUCUUUCAUUUAAUGAGAUCAACGAAAUCGGAGAUGAUAUCGCAAAGUUUUCUAAUCUAAAGAUCUUAUAUUUACACGGUAAUAAUAUUUCAAAUAUAAAUGAUGUAUUAAAAUUAAGAAAACUAUGUAAUAUGAGAACCUUAACGUUACAUGGAAAUCCGAUAGAAACUUUACCUUAUUAUAGGAGUUAUAUAAUCAAUGUUAUGUCACAAUUAAUCAAUUUAGAUUUUUCGCCAAUAACUAUAGCCGAAAAGAAACGAGCAUUACCUACCGGAUUUUUUAAAAUAAUAAAACCAGCUUUGUAAACGUAUACAUUUUCUUUUUAUUUAUUUUUAAUUGUUUAUAAAUUAUUGAAUUUUUUGUUUGAGUAAAAUUAACCAAUGGAAAUAACGUAUCAUAUACUUAUUUGUAUCUGGUGCUCAUAAUUUGGAAAUAAAUAUUAUAAAAUAAUAAAUGAUUUUUC